AUGUGUCGGCGUUCUGUGGAGCGCUGGCNUACAGGGAGGUACGGAACGAUCAGGAAAAAACUUACGACACACAUUACAUCUUCGGAGGUUAGUGAGGGUCUCCCUUGUGAUCCGUUUCCAGUGGAUAAUUACUUUCUCUUCUCUCCCAUUAUUAGUUGUCAUUUCCCUAUUUCCAUUUCAGUUCACCAUCGUGGAGCAAAUGUGUCGGCGUUCUGUGGAGCGCUGGCACGGAAGCAACUGAGGCACGUACCAAUAAAAAGGCGAGAUGCCGUUGUCUUCUCACCGGCCCAAGAACUGCCAAAUGGGCUGUACACGAUAAAAAUGGUGUCCGAGAUAUCCCUUCAGAUGAAAACGUAUCCCUCCAGUAAUCUCUUUAGAAUGAUUUUAUGCCCAUUGUGUAUACCAUGUUGGCGCUAUCAGAUCGAAAAAAUGGCUCGCAUAGAGUUUCAUAAGAGCUUAAGGAUUCUAUUGGCUGGGUUGCACGCCCAUAGGUGGACGAGUUUAACGACAUUGUAG